AUGACAGUCUGGACGCCAGAAAAACUCCUCGCUUUGGGCAAGCCGGCCCCUCAGCUCGCUGCCGCCAUAGAAUCUUGCCCAACCCUCCAAAAUCAGCCCAAGGUUUUUGACCUCGAUGUACUUGCGCACAUCCGUGCAAACAUAAAUAUCGACCGGGCCCCCCUGGACCCGACCAUCCUGGAAACCGACAUUGACUGCCCCGGCCGCGACGGCAUUACCAUCAAACUCCGCUGGUAUCGUCCUGCCGCGCCGCUUGUCCAAGAGUCGCCUCUCGUUGUGCACUACCACGGAGGAGGAUACAUUCUCGGUAAUCUCAACAGUGCGACAGCCUUUUGCCGCACUCUUGUGCUAGACCAUGGAGCCGUCGUGAUUGAUGUUGAUUAUCGAUUGGCACCUGAGCAUCCUUUCCCUGCCGGCAAAGAUGAUGCAUGGGAUGCCUUGCUGUGGGUUUCCAAAAACUACAAAGACCUAGGCGCGUCCCCAUCUUUGGGGUUUAUUGUAGCCGGCUGUUCGGCGGGCGGCAACAUCGCUGCCUCUAUGGCUCUUGUCGCACGAGAUGAAAACCUCAAUCCGCCCUUGACAGGCACUUAUCUCAAUGUCCCUGAGCUUGUCUCGCCGGAACUAAAACUACCGGACAAAUACGCGCCGCUGUGGCUGAGUCGCAACCAGAACAAGGCGGCACCUAUUCUUGAUCAGCCUUUCAUAGAUUUUCUAAUGGAGUGCUAUAAACCUGACUUUAAGUCACAUUAUUUUGCGCCGGCGCAUCACCCGCAAGGCCACGCCGGCCUCCCCAAGACCUACAUCGACGUAUGCGGGCUCGACCCCUUUCGCGACGACGGCAUUAUUUAUGAACAGCUACUCCAUGAAGCGGACGUUCUCACAAAGCUCACCAUCUUUCCCGGUUUGCCUCAUGGCUGGUGGAUGGUGUUGCCUGAGCUAGAGGAUAGCAAGGAGUGGCACGAGAAGACGCGACAGGGGCUGCAGUGGUUGUUCGCCAAAUAG